CAACUUGUUUAAUAAACUGAUUUCUGAAACCACACAAUGUCCUGGAAGAGUUCAAACCGACACCUUCGCAUCCUACAGGAUGCAGAAAAACGACAAUACGGCGUGAUCGCCGCAAUUGCCUACAACAUAGAGCAUAUCCUCGGACUUGUGAAAGCAGCUUCGCAGGCUCGGUCCCCUCUGAUCAUUCAGUUCUUCCCCUGGGCUAUUGAAGUAUCGGAUGGCUUGCUGGUAUCCACUGCCGCAGAGGCAGCAAAACGUGCUGACGUGCCUAUCUCCAUUCACCUGGACCAUGCGCAAUCCGAAGCCAUUAUAAGAAAAGCGGUUGAGCUUCCGUUCGACAGUAUAAUGGUCGACAUGUCACAUUAUGAAAAGGAAGAGAACCUGCGAAAGACGGCUGAGCUGGUCGCGCUUUGUCACGAGAGGAAUAUCGCGACCGAGGCGGAACCGGGACGCAUCGAGGGCGGGGAAGAUGGAGUUAUGGACACGGCAGGAUUAGAAGCAUGCAUGACGACAGCUGAAGAGAUCGAGGAAUUUGUGGGCACGGGGGUAGAUGCGCUUGCCCCGGCGUUUGGUAAUGUCCAUGGAGAGUACGGGGCUCUUGGGCCAAGGUUGGAUUUUCAGAGGUUUCAAGAAAUCCGAAGACUAGCUGCUGGGAGAGUAGGUCUGGCGCUGCAUGGAACGAACGGAUUUAAGCCGAAAUUGAUGCAGGAGUGUGUGAGAGCUGGAGUCACCAAGAUCAAUGUGAAUAAGUUGGUCCUGGAUGAUUACUACGAACAUUUACACACGAAGGCCGACAAAAUGCCACACACUCAGCUGAUUGAAGAAGGAAUAGAAAAAGUGGCCCAAUUAACAAGGGCUUGGAUGGAAAUCUGUGGAUCAGCAGGGAAAGCUUAA